GGAGAAGCCAGUCAGUAAACAGUGUGGUGUCAGCGUGGGUACGUACCUGUCGAUGGCGUCCGGACGAGAUCGCUCUUUCUGAAUUUCAUCUCGCCAUUUUGUGUGCGAUGUAUAAAAUGCACGCGAUCUCGAACGCGAAUUUGUUGUUGCGAGUGUAGUACGCGCGCGGUUUUUCGUUGUAUUCGUAGUUUUUAUUUUAGUUUUCGUGUGCAUAAGUGACCGGUGUGUGUGUUUUGGAAUUUAUUCGUUCGAGCAAUGGCCUUUACAGACACUCGCUGCUUGCCUUCAAGUUCCGUUGCGAUGAGCUGAAAUGAUGAAUCAGCGUACAUUCGCGAGCAGCCUAUUGGUCAUCGCGCUUUCAUCAGCCGUCGUCGCCGAUGGCAGUCCUAAUUUUCAGUUUACUAAACAACAUUACAAUGUCAGCAUUCCCGAGAAUAGCGUCGCAAAAACGUACGCGACUCAAACUCCCGGCUCCGACCUCAUGGGCAUUCGGAUAUCGGGAGACACCUUUUUCGAUAUUCGAUAUAAGAUAGUCGAAGGCGAUAAGGAUAAAUUCUUCAAGGCGGAACAUCGCGUAGUCGGCGAUUUCUGUUUUCUUUUUAUCAGAAUCAAAACGGGAAAUAACGACGUUUUGAAUCGAGAACGUCGCGAUAAGUACGUUCUUCAGAUACGCGCAUUUGCAUCUAUCAGAGAAGGCAAACAAAAAGUUCAAUACACUACGGACACCACCGUCGACGUAACAGUUCUCGAUACUAACGACUUGAACCCGUUGUUCUAUCCAACGGAAUACAAUGCGACGGUAUUCGAAGACACUCCGAUACAUCAGAGCGUCCUCCGAGUGGUCGCCGAAGACGCGGAUUUGGGCAGAAACGGCGAAAUUUACUACAGUUUCAUCGAAGAUACGGAUAAAUUUAUGAUACAUCCCAUAACCGGAAUAAUAUCGCCGACGCGUCCUUUGAGAUACAACGAGGGCUCCUAUCACGAACUGACCGUAUACGCGCAGGAUAGGGGAACAAUCGUUAAAAACGGUUUCGGAAUGUUCAGCAGGGCUAAAGUGAGAAUACGCGUGCAGAAAGUUAAUUUUCACUCGCCCGAAAUUAAAGUGAGGCGGCAUCCGCAAAUCGUGGAAAAUUCGAACGCCGACAUCUACGCAAUCGUUAACGUUUCUGAUAAAGACGAGGGAAUACACGGUGAGGUAGCGAGCUUGGAAAUCGUCGACGGCGAUCCUGACGGACAUUUUAGAAUCCGCCCCACCAAACAACCGGGCGAAUACAACAUAGAAGUCCUGAAAUUAUUAGACAGGGAAACGGCGCCGAACGGUUACAUGUUACAAUUGAGGGCAGUGGAUCGCGGCAUACCGCCCAAAGAGAGUUACAAAUCCGUACACGUCAUCCUGGCCGAUUUUAACGACAACGCUCCGGUGUUCAAUAAAGAGAUUUACGACAUUAAAGUUCCCGAAUCCGCGCCGGUAAAUACUCCAUUAAUCAGACUAAAAGUAACCGAUGCGGACGAAGGUAAGAACGCUCAAGUUUAUUUGGAAAUCGUCGGCGGUAACGAAGGCGGCGAAUUCAGGAUCAACUCCGAAACCGGUAUGCUUUACACGGCCGUAGAAUUGGACGCGGAAUACAAGCAAUUCUACAGUCUCACCGUUUCGGCCAUCGAUCAAGGCAACGUGGCGACCAGGAAACAAUCCUCGGCGAAAAUCAAGAUAUUCGUCGAAGACACCAACGAUAACGAUCCGAUUUUCGAGAAGUCCGAAGCUGUAGUGUGGAUAGACGAAAACAUGCCGGCCGGAGCAUCGGUAACGACCGUACACGCCAAAGAUAAAGACAGAGGCGAGAACGCUUACAUAUCGUAUCUCAUCGCCAAUCUCAAUAAAGUCCCCUUCGAAAUCGACCACUUCUCCGGCAUCAUCAAAACCACGACGUUGUUGGACUACGAGAGCAUGCGAAGGGAGUACGUACUCAGAGUCAGAGCCUCCGAUUGGGGCCUACCUUACAGACGCCAAACGGAGAUGCAACUAACGGUAAAAGUCAAAGACAUCAACGACAACCGGCCGCAAUUCGAACGAAUCAAUUGCUUCGGCCGCGUGUCCCGCAACACCCCCAUCGGCGCCGAAAUAAUCACCCUCUCGGCCAUCGAUUUCGACGCCGGUAACAUCAUAAGUUACAGGAUCGUUUCUGGCAACGAAGACGGCUGCUUCGGCAUCGACGCCACUUCGGGAACAAUCAGCGUCAGUUGCGAUCUGAACGAUAUUAAGAUAUCCGAAAGGGAGCUUAACGUCACCGCCACGGAUAAUACGCAUUUCGCUGAUAUAGCCCGGGUUCGAUUCAAGCUCGUCAAUACGAAGAGGAAGCUGAGCGAGGAGCCGGAGCACUUCGAUUGCAGAGAUACCGGCGUGGCCAGGAAAUUAACCGAGAUUCUGGCGGAUGCCGAAAACAACAACAAGCCUUCGACGCGGGAGGAAUUUCCGAUGAUGCCGACGCGCUACGGCACCAACGUGCACGCCCCGGAAUUCUUGGAUUUUCCCGUCGAAAUUAAAGUCAACGAAUCCGUCGCGCUCGGUACGACGUUGAUCAAGUUGCGCGCCAGCGACAGAGAUUUGGGCUACAACGGGAAAUUGCUCUACGGCAUAUCCAGCGGGGAUCCGCGUUCGCAAUUCACCAUCGACAUGGAGACGGGCGAGCUGAAGGUGAUAGGGUACUUGGACAGAGAAAAGGACGUGGAGUAUUUCUUGAACGUGUCGGUUUACGAUUUGGGCAAACCGCAGAAAUCCUCCUCGAGAGUUCUUCCGAUAACGGUGCUCGAUGUUAACGAUAACGCGCCGAAAUUCGAGAAAUCCUUAGCGAGCUUCAGAGUAACCGAAAACGCUUUGAACGGCACCGCCAUAUUCAGAGCUAAUGCUACUGACGCAGACGAAGGAGACAACGCCAAAAUAACCUACUCUUUAGUAACCGAUACAAAAGACUUCUCCGUCGAUCCAUCCAGCGGUGUACUCAUAGUCUCCAAUUACUUAGACAGGGAACGCCAGAGUUUGUACGAAUUAAAAAUCCGAGCGACGGAUGGCGGAGGGAAGGGCGCCGAUAAUCCUCCCUUGCAUUCUGAAGCGCUCGUACGAAUUUCAAUCGACGACAUCAACGACAACCCGCCGAGAUUCAGCCUGCCGAAUUACGCGGUGAAAAUCCGCGAAGACGUGCCCAAAGGCACCGUCGUGGCGUCCGUUACCGCCUCCGAUCCGGACCUCGGCGCCGAAGGCGACGUCGUCUACUCGCUGGAAGACAGCGACAGCGAUGGAGCGUUCAAAAUCGACAGCGCCUCGGGCACCAUUCGCACGACCAAGUUCCUGGACUUCGAGGAGCGGCAAGUGCACGGGCUGGUGGUGCGCGCCAACGACAAGGGCAACCCCUCGCUGUCGUCGGAGGCGAGCGUCACGAUAAGCGUGGUGGACGUGAACGAGAACGUGCACGUACCGCAAUUCGGCGAUUUCGUUCUGUCGGGAAAAGUGAAGGAAAAUCUGCCCGUGGGCAGUUACGUAAUGCAAGUGAACGCCACCGAUGCGGAUCCGCCUGGCGGCGAUAGCGCUAUUGAAUAUUCCAUACGGGGCGGCGACGGUAUCGGCGUGUUCUCCAUUGAUAACAAAGGUUGCGACUAUUUAAUCAAAGCCGCUUCGGGGGAUAUUCCUUUGGCAGACGUACAAACAGUAUACAAGGCGUUCAGCAAAACGUUCUAA